UUUGCCCCAAGCUGAUCUCGAACUCUUCGCUUCAAGCAAUCCUCCCACCUCAGCCUCCCAAAGUGGUGGGAUUACAGGUGGGAGUCACCAUGGCCCAGGAAAGGAUUACUGACAGAGAACUUACCCUGCCUGGGGCCAGCAUAGCCCGGGCUGUACACAUGCCAGCAAUCUGUUCAACAUAACCCCUACCAGGCAAGUAGUACCGGACCGAGCAGGGUCUCAUUCUAACCUCUCAGAGGGUCCUCCAGAGGGAAUAGGAACUGUGACCCUAUUUACUAGGCCUUGGGCUUCAGGCCUGCCGGAUAGUACCUAUGGAAAGUAGGGGAAAGGUCAAUGGAAACAAGUCUAGCUCAUGCCUGGAACCACUUCAGAAUCUGGGAAAGCUGCUGGGUCCCGUGUCCCUGGCUUUGUCCAGCAAGGUCACCUGCAGACAGGGCAGAGUCCAAGAAUGGUCUGAUCUCCCUGACACUUUGAAGUAGUGCAGCUGAUCCCGAGCGGUACUCCAACCUUUGCCCUCAUUUCCCCAGUUGCAUGGGAAAAGGAUGUGUGUGUAUAGAGGUAAGGGUGGGAACGUGGUUCCAGUCCUCCUCUACUGCUGCUUUUCCAGAAGCUUCUUUGUUCCCACUCUUUUAAGUUCCCAGGCUGACAUUUGGUGGGCUUUUAUGGGAUGGCUGUGCCCAACGUAGACACAUAUAGUUGAGCAGGUUAGGACUUGGUACGUGUAUGCAGGGAACAAUGCAAAAGGAAAAUUUUCAGUAUCUUUUACUUUUGUUUUUGCUGAUCUCCCCCAACUAUAAUCACGGGGUGAAGUACAGCUGUGGGAAACCCCAGGGGCAGGUCCCCUGUCCCCUUCCUGCCACUCGACACAACUCAGGAGGACUACAAAAGGAAACACAUCAAUCAUCACAACUUGCCCGUGACUGUUGCAUGUCAAGUGGCUGGAACCAAUCAGCUCAUCUAAGGCUUCCUCAGAAGCCAAUCAGAGCCUUGGAAAGUGACCUCACACAAAGGAGAGCUAUGUGGGCGAGAAAGAACCUCUCAGAUCUCUGGACACAAACUCAGUACCAAAAUAUGUAGAUGGAAGCUAUGGUAACCAUGGAGACAGGGCAGGUGGCAAGGAGAGGCAGAGACAGUGUGAGAGACCAAUAGACAGAUAGGAAGAGAGAAGAUGGAAGGAGCGUUUCAGACAGAGACCUUCAAGCAAGAUGGAAAAAAUAAUACGUCUAAGCAAGACUGAGAUUAAAGAGAUGCAAUGAGAGACUUUAUUGCAAGGUUCGCUCUUCUUCCUGCCGGUUUCCUAUCUCCCUUCCCACAAUAAUAUGGGUGGAGGCACCUGGGAAUGUCCCUUGCCCUAUCUAAAAGUGCCCCCCCCCAUCCACCUUCCUCAUAGUUAUCUAAAAGGUCUAUAUAAGGGAGCUGAGGUCCAAAUUUCUCUGUGAUGGUUGUUCCGUUUUUGAGAGAUGGGGCGGGGGUGUAUCUGUGUCUGACUCCAGGCUGGACCGUGCUCUCCUUCACAAUUAAACUCCAGGAAGACAGCCACAUCUCUUGCCUCUCUUUGCACAGUAUGGACACCGGGUGUGGAUCCAAAAAGCCUCUCUACGGCCUUCUGCACAGUGUGCCAUGUGUCGCGUGUGUGGCAGGUCAGGUCUGGCGCACAGGAGCGCAUAAACACACCAAGUGCGGAGAAUGGGGAUCUGCUGAAGCUCGGCGAAGAAUCUUCAUGAUGGUCCCUGUCUGGGUCGCAGAGUCCCCUAAGGAACACUUAGGUUUGUUGGGGCUGAGAGGAGGUUGGCUAAGAAAGGAAAGUCAGGAUUGGAGCCUCUAGGUUUUUUGAGGGUUUAUGUGUGCAUGAGUGGGGGAGCAGUUUGGUGCCCGACGCCCCCACUCGCAGAGACUAGGCUAUAAAUAGUGCAGCAGAGCUCCGCCCCCCCCCCCCCAAGCUUCUCUCCUCCCGAGCCGGCGCUGUGCCCGGGGCGCUCCGGGAGGAGGGACCAGGAUCCGGCGCCGGGGCGCAGAUACUGACACCAAGGGAAUCCGGGUGCCCCCCCCCUCCACGCCAUGCGGGCCCCCGGGAACCUGGCUCUGCCACCUCGGCUGCCCGGUGGCCACGGCCCCAAUCCUGGCCAGGCGGAGAUUCUGCGGACAUUCAGGGAUCGGCUUCGUCACUGAGACCUCAGGCCUCUGCCAUCCACCCCCCACACACGCCUAGCUGUCCUCGGCGGUUCUCAGUCGCGGCUCCAUCUGUGCCCUCGCCCCAGCCUCAGCUAUGUUGCACACUGAGGGCCACGCUCUUCUUCGGGCGGUGGGUCAGGGUAAGCUACGCUUGGCCCGUUUGCUUCUGGAGGGAGGCGCCUACGUGAAUGAGGGUGAUGCGCAGGGGGAGACUGCGCUAAUGGCAGCCUGUCGGGCCCGCUACGACGACCCCCAGAACAAGGCACGCAUGGUACGCUACCUCCUGGAGCAAGGCGCGGACCCCAACAUCGCAGACCGCCUGGGGCGCACGGCGCUCAUGCACGCUUGCGCCGGGGGUGGGGGCGCCGCCGUGGCCUCGCUGCUUCUUGCCCACGGCGCAGACCCCUCCGUCCGAGAUCACGCGGGCGCCUCGGCUCUUGUCCACGCCCUGGACCGCGGGGACCGCGAGACCCUUGCCACGCUGCUGGACGCCUGCAAGGCCAAGGGCACGGAGGUCAUCAUCAUCACCACCGAUACCUCGCCCUCGGGCACCAAGAAGACCCGGCAGUAUCUCAAUUCUCCACCAUCCCCGGGGGUGGAGGAUCCUGCUCCCGCUCCUCCUAGCCCGGGGGUCUGCACGUCGCCUUCGGAAAUCCAACUGCAGACCGCAGGAGGAGCAGGGCGAGGGAUGUUAUCCCCUCGCGCCCAGGAAGAAGAGGAGAAGCGGGACGUAUUUGAAUUCCCUCUUCCUAAGCCCCCGGAUGACCCCUCCCCUUCCGAGCCGCUCCCCAAACCACCACGCCAUCCCCCAAAACCACUCAAAAGGCUCAACUCCGAGCCCUGGGGCCUAGUGGCCCCUCCUCAACCAGUCCCACCCACCGAAGGGAGACCGGGGAUCGAGCGCUUGACUGCCGACUUCAACGGCCUGACCCUGACCGGUCGACCCCGUCUUUCCCGACGUCACAGCACCGAAGGCCCUGAGGACCCGCCCCCAUGGGCGGAGAAAGUGACUUGCGGGGGUCCUCUCUCGCGCCGAAACACAGCACCAGAAGCUCAGGAGUCUGGCCCCCCUUCAGGGCUGAGGCAGAAACUGAGCCGCAUGGAGCCAGUGGAGCUCGACACCCCCGGACAUCUUUGCCCUGACUCGCCAGAAUCCAGCCGCUUGUCCCUCGAGCGCCGCCGAUACAGCGCCUCCCCGUUGACCCUCCCUCCGGCCGGCUCGGCUCCCUCUCCGCGCCAGUCCCAAGAGAGUCUGCCAGGGGCAGUAUCUCCGCUAAGCGGACGAAGGCGGAGUCCGGGCCUGCUGGAGCGGAGGGGCUCGGGGACGUUGCUCCUGGACCACAUCUCGCAAACGCGGCCGGGUUUUCUGCCCCCUCUCAACGUCAGUCCCCACCCUCCCAUCCCCGACAUUCGCCCUCAACCCGGAGGUCGGGCGCCUUCGCUGCCUGCCCCUCCUUAUGCCGGGGCACCAGGCUCUCCCAGGACCAAGCGCAAAUUGGUGAGACGCCACUCCAUGCAGACUGAGCAGCUCCGCCUGCUAGGGGGCUUCCAGAGUCUAGGUGGGCCUGGGGAGCCAGGGCGCUGAGAGGAGUGAGAGGAGCCAAGGAGGGUGGGGGCCAGGACCUUAAUGGGAUAGGUGGGAGAACCGCUCACACACACACCAGGAAAACAGGGAUCCCUUGCAUGUGCUCAUGGGUGAACGGGGCACCCACACAUGGUUAAGCAUGUGUCUAUAAGCACAGUACUCUUAUUAGCAAGAAAGAAUAAGGACUCUACUUACCGGGUAUAUAGACACAUGUAUUCACGCCCUGGACAUUUUACAUGCAUAUGGGAUUACUUGUGAACCCACAGGCACAGCACAUCAGUAAACACACAGGGCUAGGGUCCCAAACUCUCUUGCAUUUGUUCAGAAGCAGUAGGGAACCCCUACUUAUGGGCAGUCUCUGAUGUCUUUGCCCUCCUGCAAAAGCAGUCCCUUGCUUUCCGCGUAUGCCCUGCAACACAGCCUAUCCUAAUUUUGCACACUCCACUCUCUCUGUGAACAUCCUAGCCCAUUCCGCAGGUCUCGCUUCUUUCUCCAGGCCUGGCUCCUUAGUCACACCUGCUUCCAGCCCCAACCACUUUUCAGGAUAUCUUUUUCACUCUUCUUGGGGGUCCCUGCAGCAACCCCCAGCCUCAGUUCUGCUGCUGUCUUCCUGCUCUCAACUUCACUUCUCAACUUCCUGCUUUUUAUUCCCACCCUGUUCCUCCAACGACUACAACAGAUUGUCUCAUUUUCCCAGGGAGUGGGUCAUGGGCUCUAAGCUGCUCUUCUGUCUGUCUGAGCUUAUGAACACCCCCACAGGUAGAAGUGGGGAGAAACCCUAAAUCACUCCUCUCUCCACUUGACAUAUCAAAUAAAUGUGUUCAGAGUCUCUGUUUUGUCA